AUGGCUUUUUUGAAAAUGGAAGAUUACAUAAUCUUGGUGAUAACCCUUGGUGUCACACUUUGUGUAGGAUUGUACAAUUCAUUUAAAGGUGGGAGGCGCAAAACUACUACCGAAUACUUAGUUGGAAGUAGAAAUAUGUCAGUACUACCGGUUGCAUUGUCGUUGAUGGUUUCAUACGAAUCUGGAAUAAUGAUGUUAGGAGUUCCAGCAGAAGUUUAUAUAUACGGAAUGCAAUGGUUUCUGUCAAAUAUUGGACACUUCUUUGCUGAUCUGUUGAAUCUGUACAUAUUUGUUCCGCCGCUGAAGAAGUUACAGAUCACAAGCAUCUACGAGUAUCUGGAGCUACGGUAUAGAUCACAUGGUAUCCGGAUGUUUGCAACAGUUCUUGGAAUAUGUUCAAUGGUAUGUAUGAUCAUCUUCUACACUCUAAACUACAUGGGUAGCGUGCUGUUUGUACCAGCUGUCACCCUCAAAGCUGUUACAAAUAUUCCGAUGUGGAUGUCGAUAGUCGGGCUGAUGGCUGUUGUUAUGAUUUAUACAUUACUGGGUGGGUUUAAAGCUGUGGUGUGGACGGAUGUUGUCCAGGCGGGACUUAUGAUAGGCGGAAUGUUAGCCGUAGUUAUCAAGGGAACGAUAGAAUCUGGAGGAUUCGUGCAAACAUGGAACUCGGUCUACCAGAACGGGCGGGUUAACCUGUUUGAAUUUGAUCCCGAUCCUACUCUACGGCAGUCGUUUUGGAGUUUGAUAUUUGGAAGUGCUAUGGUAGAGUUUGGCUUACCUUUCGCACAGACAACUUUUCAACGCAUCAAAGCGACCCCUACAAUAAGAUCAGCACAGAGAAUGUAUCUGGUAACAAACUUCGCUUUCGUCUUUAUUACACUUCUCGCCGCCCUGGAAGGUGCUGUUAUGUUUGCCUACUACAACGCUAAAGGUUGUGACCCUUUUGUAGCAAAACAAGUUACAAAUCAGAAUCAGCUGAUUGCCAAAAUGGUGACGGAUAUCUUCGACAAAGUUCCCUGUCUUCCGGGAUUAUUCCUGGCAGCUCUGUUCAGUGCGUCUCUCAGCACGAUGUCUUCCAUCCUGAACAGCAUAUCUGCUAUAUUUUGGGAGGAUAUCAUCAAACCCCACAUGAAGCCAAUGUCUGAUCUCCGGGCAACAAUAAUCACAAGAUGUUCAGUCCUGGCGUUCGGAGCUGUUGGUAUAUUUGUAGCGUUUGUGGUAUCAGGAUUGACGGGCCCGAUUUCGCAGAUUCUUGCGACGACCGGAUCUUGUCUGAAUGGCGCCGUUACCGGAAUAUUCUUACUGGGUUGGUGCUGUCCACGAGCGAACAAAAUGGGGGCGCUGAUUGGUGGAUCUUUGUGUGUUCUUAUCAUCGGUUGGAUUUCGUUUGGUAAGUAUGCUUCCUCUGGAGUGAGGAUCAGCGCCGAACUACCUCCAGCAGCCACCGACCGUUGUGUCCUAGUCAACGAUUAUUACUCUGGGAACACCACCUUUGCGGUCGACACCAACUCAUCCUCACUGUUUGAUGUAGACAUGAUAACGGAGAAACCCGGAUAUACAUCUGGACCACAUGGUAUCGAUGUUCUAUAUUCGCUGUCCUACAAGUGGCUAGGAGCAACCGGAAUCCUUAUAGUCAUUGUCACGGGCUCUGUCGUCAGUCGUUUCAGUGCUUCGGAACCCGUGGACCCAAGUUUAGUCAUCUGUUUGUGUGAUCUCGUGUGCUGUUUUAUACCUAAAUCGGUCAGAGCCAGACUCAGGUGCGACACCAAGAGCACAGACAGAAAUAAUGACGUCGCCACAGGCCUUAGAAUGUCAAAUGAAGAACUAGCAACGUGUAAACGUAACUCGGAGGAAGACGAUCCGAGUGAGCUAACAUGUAUGUCAGAAAAACCGGCCGCGAUACGGACAUCAACAACUUAA